AUGAGGACCACGAUAAUACAGCCGUAUAUAAGCUCACACGGACACCCACAACCAACAUUUGUCUUUCAGAGAAACACCACAGCAGCUUCUGCAGCCUCACUGAACACCUUGAAGCAGAUUCUCUUCUUCCAGCAUGAAGCAGCUUUUUCAAACACUCACAAUCUUGGCGCUGCUUGCUUCUGCCUUUACACAGACAACACAGAACCCUGCACAAACAGCAGCCAGCACUGCUGCAACACCAGCACCGACAGCAGCCAGCACUGCUGCACCACCAGCAGCCAGCACUGCUGCACCACCAGCAGCCAGCACUGCUGCACCACCAGCAGCCAGCACUGCUGCAUCACCAGCACCGACAGCAGCCAGCACUGCUGCACCACCAGCAGCCAGCACUGCUGCAUCACCAGCACCGACAGCAGCCAGCACUGCUGCACCACCAGCAGCCAGCACCGCUGCACCACCAGCAGCCAGCACUGCUGCAUCACCAGCACCGACAGCAGCCAGCACUGCUGCACCACCAGCACCGACAGCAGCCAGCACUGCUGCACCACCAGCACCGACAGCAGCCAGCACUGCUGCACCACCAGCAGCCAGCACUGCUGCACCACCAGCAGCCAGCACUGCUGCACCACCAGCAACGACAGAAGCAAGCACUGCUGCACCACCCAAAACAACCGAAAGUGGUACUUCCAAGCUUAUGGGCUGUGUAUAUCUGCUCCUUAGUACCACACUAGCUCUGCCCCUGCUUUCCGGUUGGCAGUGAACUCUCCAUUCAGGUCUGGCACGCUGGACUAACUCUGCACACUGGCAGAGAAGAGAGAAGCUAUGAAAGACGUCUGGUGCGUGCAAUAUUUCAGAACUAUAAAAUAAAAAAUAUGCAGUAUAUUCUGACAGGAGCUUGCUUUGCUCUUUCAAUGGCUUGAAAAAUAAGUGGACUGCAUACGUGGGUCAGUGAUGGGUAAACCAAAGAAAAAUUGAAUUUGGCAUAUUGGCAAAUAAAAUAGGUUAAAAUCAGUUUUUAUGUUAUGAAAUAUAAAUACAACUUGAGGUUUUAAAAAUGAUUAUAUCAUGAAUUACUUAAUUUUAUGCUUCUCAGAUUCUAUUUAUUUUCUGUUUAAAAAUGUAUAUAAAUAAAUAGGAUCUUCCCAUUAAACCAGAAUUUCUAGAGGACAAUAUUUAGUAGUACCCCUAAAAAGGGGAGGGGGACCUUUCUGUCAUCCCAUUAUCUUUCAAUUCCACCCUCCUUCACUCCACACCCCCACUCCAGCGAAAGAAUGUGGAGCAAAGGAGAUGAGUUAAGGAGUGGAGCAAAGGAGUGAACGAGGGGGAGUGAAGAAAAUCGGGACAAGCCUUUCGGCUUCGCCGUCAUCAAAGCCGACUUCCUGUGUUGAGGAAUUAGCCCUAUGAUAACCGUUAUUUUUUUGAUGAGCCCACACAUAUUCACUUAGCCAAUUAAAGAUCAUACGCGUGGCCAGGCCAUUUCAAGCUACAAAGUUGCUUGUAAGUUCCAAGCACAAGUUGUGCAGUAGGAUACAGUAGCCUGUAUAAACACAAACCUAACAUUGCGGUUCGCCUCGAGACACUAAUUAAUAGGUAACCAGCAACAUUGGAUCAAAGUAAAAAUCAAAACAAACAUAUUUACUAUAAUCCCAGAAUCCCAAUGUGUCCGAAAACCUUGUACUGUAGCAGUUUUUUUCUUGCCCAUUGUCAGUUGCAUCAGACAUACAUUAAUUCAGAAACAUUUAUGUAGAUUAGUGAAACAUAGCCUAGCCUAGCCUAGCAUAUCCUAGCCUAGCCUAACAUAGCCUAGCUUCAUAUGUGAGUUAUCGUUUUCCAAUGUUCAGUGUUCGCGUUGAAAAACUAUUAUUUCCCACUGUAACAUCUGUAACAAAUGUAUUGGCAAUAAAUAUGUCAUUUGGACAUGGUUAGUUGAGUAAAUUCAUCCAUGCAUGUUUACGUACGUUACAGAAAUAAUUUUAGCUGCCAUGCUUAUUAAGAGUCAUGCUGCUUUUAUGUACAAUUUAACAAAUAGAUAAACCGGCUACCCUGUUUUAAAUUGCAGAAGAUUUGUAGGAUAUGAGCCACAAAAACAAACUGAAAUUCGCAUCCCAGGUACAGUAAUAUGCCUGAUAAUAACGUCACACGAAUUUGGCUAAAUAUUUAGCAUAAUUGGGGGAAUUCAAGUUCCCUGCUGCCAUCUCCGCUUUCUGGAUCUGACCAGUGCCAGAUUUAGCUAAUUGGGUUUUCACGGUAUGUGGUUGGGAGCAUAAUGGAGUCAUCCAGAAACGUGAAAGGACAUCCAAUAAGACAUACAUCGUUGUACACUUUAGAGGAGUGGAGCAGGGAAAUGGGAAAUUGGGAAAUUGGAGGGAGGCAGUCCACAAAGAAUGGUUUUCAGGGCACGGAAUGUAGGAGGGUGGCAGAGACGUUAGGGAGUAUACACUUCCCGGCUAUUGGGACACACCCAGGGAUUUUGGAGUGGACAGGCCUAUUCAGUAGAGAAAUAAACAAAGCUCCUUAUAAUUUCUGACUUCAUCAAUAAAUAUAUCAGUCUAUUAUGAAUUACCAUUGAUGUUAGAAUUUACGGCUUCGGCGGUUCAUUACAUUCAUAAACAGAAAUAUGUAUUUUGUAAUUGUGUAAUAUAGUGAAUAAUAAUUGGGCUACGCUAACCGAAUUGCCUUGUGUAAACAAAUGUAACAUGCAAUUGUUUUUCCACCUCCAGUAUGUAAUGACUGUGAACUCAAAUGUGUACAAUAAACAUGUAUAUUAAAUAAAAUGUUUUAAAGUUUCAGUUUCAUAAAUAAAA